AAAUCAUUUGAAUGUUGAAGUGGAUUUGAUUAACACAGUAUUUUGAUUAAGUUGACAAUUGAACUAGUGUUAUGUUCUAUUGUGAAUAUGCUUAAUAUGCAUAAAAUUUAUCCAUGGUUUAUCUUAAUUACUGCUGCAUUAUGUGUGAUAUUUUUGGGUGGGAAACGGAGAGCAUUUGGAAUAUUUGUCGCAAAACUACACUCAGAAUAUAAUCAGACAAGUUUAGCUGAAUUGAAUUGGAUUGGUGAUUCAUAUGCUGCACUGGGUUAUUUGAGUACAACGUUGACUACAUCAAUGAUCAUAUCAACUGGUCGACGAUAUGCUUUGUCACAAUUUUUCGGUGCAUGUUUUGUUCUGUUAGCUUGUGUCACUAGUGCAUUUGUGCCAAAUCCACAUUGGUUAUUCCUGACACAUACAUUAUUGCAUGGAAUUGGUUCGUCUUUAGUUUUAAGUACAUCUGGUCUGGUGGUUAAUGAACACUUUGAUAAAAAUCAUCGUUAUCAUAUAUUAGCAACAACACUGGUGUCUGGUGGAUCAGUUGCUUCAAUAUUAUUUGUGGAAUUAUACGCUUUAUUAAUUGAUACUCAAGGUUGGAGAUUAGCAUUUGUUAUACUUGGUAUAAUCUACUUUAUCACGCUGCUUCUUGGUGCUUUUGUAUUUCGUAAAGAUGUCACAAAAUCCAAUUCAUAUCAAAAUAACAAAACUGAUGGAUGGAAUCUUUUGCAAAUGUGUUGGCAACAGAAAUUACUUUUAAUUCUAUGGACAAUGGAUAGAAUUAUCACAAGUAUUGUAACAUAUGGUAUGUUAUUGAAUUUAGCUGACUACAUGUUUCAGCAUGAAUCAUUAUUACAAAAUAGUGUAUUAUUGACAAAUUUAUUCGCAGCUGGUGAAGCAACAACUUAUCUAAUUGGUGCCACUUUAACUGCAUUAACUAGAGAUUUUUUUAAAAAUCGUUUGAAAUACAUUUUAAUGAGUACAAGUAUUGGAAUGUCGAUUGGAUUAAUAACAUGGGAAUUUUUAACAUUCAAUCAUACAAUCAGUUCAAUGUUAUCGUAUGUUAGUGGAUUUUGUUUAGGACCGUCUGUUACAUUUCUAUUUCCUGCCGGUGAAGAAAUGACACUUCUACCAGGUCAUUUAGCUUAUCCAUUUUCUUUAGGUGGAAUGGGUGUGGGUAUGGCAUUGUCUCCGUUACUUUCAGCAUUUAUUGCGCAGACAUUUAAAUAUCGUUGGUUUUUUCUAGUUCAAGGUUUAAUUGUGAUUAUUAAAAGUGUAUGUUUAAUAUGUUCGUGGAUAAUAUUGAAACAAUUAACCAAAUCACAAACAAAAUUGUUAGUCAAUGAACAACAAACUAUAAUACGUAAUAAUCAUAAUUCAGAUUCAAUAAAUAACGAUGCAACAGUCAAUUACGACCGAGUGGAAGAAGACGAAAGAGAGGACCAUGACGAUCAAUCUUCAACAUUCUGUAGUGAAACCCAAUGUUUGAUUAGUCCAGUCACUUCAAAACGAUCUAUUUGCAAAACGAUCUGAUUUAUUCUUAUAACGAUUUAUUUAUCUAUUUAUUUUAUUUUUGUGCAUAUUUAUGUUGUUGGUAAUUAGAUAUCUUGAUGAAAUAGACUACUUAUAAUGAUAA